AUGACGGGCAGGGUCCCGUCCAUCGCUUGUAUAGGCGUCAUCGGCAAGCACAAUAACCCACUCCACAUAUCACUAUUUCCAGCAGAAGAACGAGCGCCAUUGGAAUUUCAAUUUCUCCUGUCAUCAUGUCUGGAUAUCUUCGAAGCUCGUCUACCUCACAAGACGGCGGAUCAAGAUUUUGGACUUCUUCAAGCUGUCGAUGAGAGGCUGGCCAUGUAUGGCUGGAUGACCAAUACGGGCGUCAAAUUUGUCGUUGUUGUGGACAUGGAGGGUAGACCUGCAACGGCUCUCGACAGCAAAUCGGCCACUGCUGUAGGCCUACGAGAUGCGGAUUUGAAACCCGCUUUCAGAGCGCUGCAAACAGCUUACAUCAUGCUCUUACGAAAUGCCUUUUAUUCACCGCCUAUAGCGGCAAACAUCGAGCAAAGGCUAGGUUCAACACAGAUCACAAGUCGAAAUUUCAUUCGGGAAGUGCAGAGGAUUGCUGGCGCAUGGUACCCGGGCGUAACCAACAUCUGA